AUGUCGUCAAGAGCCUUUCAAAAGGCUCCGGCUCAGUAUCCUCGCGCCUCUUCGCGGGCGUCCAACAGAUCCGCGUCGACACGUAUGACGGCCCAAGGCGUAAGAAGUCCGGUCCCAGGCCCUCGCCUUGCGCCUUCACCUCAACUUUCCAUCGACCACCCGAGCCAUCGAUACCACCACAGCCCUUACAAGGAGCCUGUGCUGUCGCCUCGAUCUACUCCCAAACCUACGCCCCAAGCCUCGAGAGAGGGCAGCGUCGAGUCCCCUCGUACCCAGGCAGUUUCGUCGUUCCUACAGGAGAAGCUACAGCGAGAACGAAGAGCUGAAGUCGACAAGCUCAGCCAAAGCUCCCUAUCACGAGUCAACGAAGACUUUGGCGUACCACUCAGUAUUAGCCGCAUUAACUCUCCAAGGAGGAGAUCGAUUGCAGCGUCAUCAGAUGGAUCACGCCCCAAAUCGAGCAGCGGCAAUGAUCCUGCCAAGAAGCCUGGGUUGGGCGUUAAAGACAUGGACAAUGUCAUCUCAAGACUCCACAAGGAAAAUUUCGAUUUGAAGCUGGAAUUAUAUCACCGUCGCGAAAAGCAGUCAACACUGGAAUCAAGCAUCGAGAGCCUAGAAAAGGAGAAGCGCCAAACCGAAGAGAUGAACGAAACCUUACUCGACGAGCUCGAAAAACGCGACAAGGCUGUUGAGGAGGCCGUCGCCAUGAUCGUCAUGUUGGAGGCCAAGGUAGACCAGUUACUUCAAGAGAGAAACAUGGUUCUGCAAGUCGAGCAGGAAAGAUUCUUUUGCCGUCAAGAUAUGGAGCAAAAGUAUCUCAGGCCAUCUCUCGACCUUCCAGCUGACGAGGCCGGCAAGCAAGUAGAUGGAAACAGGGCCAUCAACCGCGUGCCAAGCUUCCUUUCAGAAAAGAGCGAAAACACCGAGAACCUGCGCAACGUUUAUCUCGGAGUCCGGGGUAGCGCGCUCAGCCUGGCGCGGGUCACUGAGGGGAACCUCGAGGUGGACAACGGCGCAACUAAUGGGCCGGCUCCGGGUAGUCCAACCUUGAGCGUCCUCAGCGAAAGCUCCUUUGCCAGUGUUUAUGGUAAAAAGGGCCAAGAAAGCAUUUUCCCCCCACCCGUCGAUCAACCCCUUAGCCUGGAUGGCCUUGAUGCCGACUCGCAGAUAUACACGGCUGAGGGCCGGGACGUCUCCAAGAGGAUAACUGGAUUCCCGCCCCGGGCCGCUUCUGCCAAUCAUUUCAACGGCGGAAGCCGUUCAGCCGCUCCCCGCCAUCCUAGCAUCUCGGGUUCCGUGGGUCACGCCUCCCCGCUACAGCAGAUCGAACAGCUAGCCCGGUCUCAGAGCGUGCUCCAGGAGGGCUUCCACCCUGUGGCCAACUCGAGCAGAGAUCGACGACGCUCACAGCCUCCCCCUACAUUGAGAAAGGUCAUGACGGACGGCCCUGGUACUUUUCGACUUCAUGAUCCAAAUUUCCCUCCCACCCCAGACACGAUCUCGACAUCGACACUGCAUCGAAUGCGAAGUUCCAACGAUUCACUUACAAGACAAGACAGCCGAAAUGACAGGGCAUCAGUCGUAUAUAGCGAUCAGGACAAUCAGUCGCUGCGAGUUUCAUUCCGAGGAAAGCAAAGUCAAUUGCGGGGCGUAGACAAGGGUGCUGGCGAUGAAAACGGACACUCUUACGGUAUUGCUGUUCCCAUGCCACAGCAGCAUCAUCAUCAUCACCAAAGAGCCGCUAGCGAGUCUACGACGUCUCGUAAGAAGGACAACCAAUGGGACAGCACCGACUCUGAUGAGCAAUCCGAUUCUCACUCACCGCGAUCUAGUCUUGACAUUUGGAUGCGAGAGAGCAACAAGCCAACACGAGACGAUAAUGUCUCUUCCGAUAUGUUCAACUUUCCACCUGGCUUUGGGCAUCAGAAGACUCAAUCGCAAGGCAUUGGCAACGAUGCCGACUAUAUCAACGACCUCUUCUCACUACGCCAGUCUCUCGUUACGAAUACGGCUCCGCCUCCACCCGGUAGGCGGUCGAGCCUCCAUGCUCGGACGUCAUCGACUACCUCAUCUGCCCGGAACUCACCCAGAACACUCACCCUUACCAGCACUCCAGAACAGCCAGAGCACCCAGAGGAGCUGGAAUAUGUCAAUCGCUCUAGGCAACGAAGUAAUAGCGUCCAGGUGAAACACGAUUACCACACGCCUAUCCAGUCUCCGUCUAUUCCUCAGCUCCCGAAUAGCGAGAAGAGAAACCACUACCCUCCGGUCAGCGGACCACGGACUGCAUUGAAUAGACUGUUCCGUCGCUCAGUAGCUCCCACUUCUCCAUCCAGCAUGCCUGCGAGCGCCACGGAGACUACCUUUUCCGAAUCGUUCAAGAGCACCCAGGGCGUUAGUCUUCAACCUUGGAUGAACAGAAACAUUGGCAGCGAGCUCGAUCCUCGUGCUGGCUCUACGCCACCGCCCAUCACGCUUACGCUUCGACAGAGGAGAAGGAAUACGGUGGGAACCGAAGCAGCACCCUCCUUUAUACCCUCAUCGACUAGUGCUCCCGUACGACUCUCCGAGACGGCUGUUAACGGGCGAAAUUCACCAGCUGCGAGGAAGCUACCGGCUGAGCCAGCUACGCCGGCGGCGUCAGUCAUUGGAACUCGGAGGAAGUGGCUACCUGGAUUUUCAAGGGGUAGCAGCAGCUUGAGGAACAGGGCCACUUAG